UCAAUGAGAAGACAAUGGUACCUUCAAAAGCUUCCAAGCAGACUUCAGCUGCAGCAUCAAAGAUCAAAAAUAAGCUCCUCAACUCGUCCUCCUUCUUCAAGAUCUCUUUGAAGACCAACAACAGGGCCUUAGCUCUCGCUUUGGAGGUGCAGAAGGAGAGGAACAGGCAGCUGGAGAAGGAGAUUGUGUGUCUGAAGAAGCAAGUGGAGGUUCUGUGCUUCGAGCUGGCCACCAGGAAAUACAAGGACAGGAAACUGCUCCUCAUCUUGAAAAGCCUCCAUAACAACACUCUGCAGCACUUUGACAUGGUGGCCGACUUAUUCUCCGACAGUGAUCUUCCUAAACUAUCUCAGGACAACAACAACUUAUUCAGCAACAUCCAGGACAAUCAUCCAGCGGAAAGUCUCACAGCUCCGUUACCUCCUCAGCCAGAAAUGACAAAAGAAUUAACAGCCGACCGGCCUGAAAAAAACCUGGAUGAUAACGUCUUCUGUAUCCAGGAUAGACUCAAUAACUCCACUGAUGCUCACAAUGAAACUACAGAUGCUGAAAAAAGGCGUUCAAGCCAGUGUAAACAAGCUCCCCGCACAGGAGCAUCACGCCCGUCCAGCAGGCUGAGGGAUGAAGUGGAGAGGCUGUCGAUGGUGUUCUCUCAGUCGGGGUUUGACAUGAAGUCAGUCCUUUUUCCUCAGAGCAGCCGAACCUCGUCACGUCUCAGCGCGUGUGAAAACUCUAAACCAGCUUCCGCUGAUGAUGUGAACCCUCCCUGCGCCUCAGUCACGGAAACUGAGCCAGAACACGGUAACAAACAAGAGAACACAGUGCUCCUGAAUACGACAAUGGAGAUGACGCAGAGCAGCGCUGGUGAGAUAGUCACAGUGGAAACCAAGCCCAAAAGAAAGGGCCACGCCGGCAAGAAGAAGAAGGAAAAAUUGAGUGGGUCGAGUUUGGCUGCAAAUCCACCAGUGAAAAAUUCAGCAGAUUCUUGGAUGAGUGAGGUUCAGACUGCUCCCACUGACUCUUUGUCACAGACAGAUGACUGUGCACUAGAGGAUAUUAGAGACCUACAAGAUUUCAAGCACCACUCACCUAAAAAACAGUCUGGUAGUGUUGUAACCUCUCGCAUCCCCAAACUGGGCAAGGCUGGCAACUGUCAGAAAGCGGCAAAGGAGAAAUUCAAAUCACCGCACCACGCCAAGUUAAAGAUGUCCUGUGACGAUGUGGACAAUUAUUUCAUGGAUCCUGGAAAUCAGUUAUCCAAAGCCACCAAAAGUGUUCAAUUAUCACCAGAGAAAGAUGCUGAGGAAGAAGUAGUGUCCACAGUCACAUGCAGGAGGUCCAAGAAAAAGAGCAGGGGGGCGUCUUUAGUCUCCAGGAAAACAGUAUUCAUGUCGUCAUCCCAUGAAAGUGAGAGCAGUCAGCUCAGAUUGGAACAGCUCCAUGAUAAAGUGAAGGAAGAAGUUAAGGGACAGGAUGAAUCGUGCAAAGACCAAGAAGAACCGGAAGAGUUCCUGUUUUGCACAGAUGAGGUCAAACGUCCAGAGUCGGACCAUGUGGGGCGUCUUUUCCCAAGUCACAACAAACCACCGAGCAAAAAUACAGAGGGAAGUCUCAAAUCAAGAUGCAGAGGGACGUUUGUUGUCUCAGUGGCGAGGGACUGGAUCUCGCCGAACAGUGCGUCACCAGAAGUGGGUUCCUCAGAGCAGGACUUUCUGCCCUCUGCAGGACGCCACAGCUGUGAGGCAGAAGAGCCGUCGGCUGCCGUGGACACAGGUGUCGUCGGGCAACGCUCAGAAUCAAAUCCACACAGUGACGGAGCCUUUGUGGAAGAAACGCAGAGCUCCUGUAAGCGUCCUUGGGUGGCCACCCAGGAUCCAGGCAGCAGUCAAGAGGACAUGAGCAGCAACAAUAACCAAGACUCUACCACAGGCACCGAGUUUCAGAAAACUAAAAAAGCCAGGAGAGAAGAAGCGGGGCGUUCCGGCAAGAAGAAAGCUGCGCAGAGGAAGGAGAGUGAUGACCUUUUAAAGGACAAGAAAAAGAAGAAUAAAAGUAGCCAUAGCAACAAAGGAUUUAGAUCCACAGAUGAAGCGUGUCAUCUUCAGGAAGCCGGUGUGGCUUCACCUCUCUGCAGCGCUGAUGAGCCUGAGAGAAAUGAAGAAGAACUGGAUGAUCUUCAAGUGGCCGACAUCAGUGAGAUGGAUGAGCAGUUCUAUGAUUCAAACCCCACCAGGUCAAAGUCCAGGAUGGAUCGGAAACCAAAAGAUCGCAGAACGAAACCCAAGCUGCAAACACCCACAGAGACGAGAAACCCGAGGGAGACGUUUGUCGUCUACAGGCGGAAAACUCAGGACAGUGUUUCACUAAACAACACGAGGACGCCUCAUGUGUCAGACGCCUACAGUCACACGGAGGACACCAGUAACGAGGCAGUUCAUCAGAAUCUGGGAGAUCUGCUGGCGGACGAGGUGCCGCCGUGGCUCGCCAUGGACGUCAGCACCACUAACCCUGAGGCGCUCUCUUUACUGGCCAGUCCGACGGGGGAGGUGGAAGGAGGGGAGGAGGUGAUUGAGGAGUCUGCCGCUGCGACUAAUGACGCCUCUCCAGCAGGAAGAGUCUUAACAUCACUGACCAACACCAUCACAACCCCAGAGAGCGAAAUCAGAGGCCGAACCAGGAGACGUCACGGUGUCGUCAGUUACAAGGAGCCGCCCCUCAACAGCAAAAUAAGGCGUGGAGACAAAUUCACUGACAACAUGUUUCUGAGCUCUCCAGUGUUCAAGGAGGGCAAGAAGAAGAAGAAGAAGACGACUGCAGCCAAGCCGAAGCUGGAAAGCUCUGCUUUACUGGACUGAUUAUUUUCUGUUUUUAAUCUGGUUUAUUGUAAUCUUUGUUUUUUUUUUAAAGCUUAAUAAAGACCUUUUAAUUAGUCUUUUAAAUCACUUAAACAGGUUUGUUGGCAACUGAAUUUUGUAGCUUGGACUGGACUCCCACAAUGCACCUUUCUCUUUACAAGAAACAUGUUUUUAUAACCGCUGCUCCACCUGCUUUCCAGUGAUAUGUGGCUGUUAAUGGUCAGAGAGAUUGACAGGAGGAUGAUCAUAAAUUAUUCAGUCCGGGCCGUUCACCUGAGAAGCCUGCUCCUCGUCCACACUGUAAAAGGCUUGUGUUCCGCAGAAAGGUCACCAGAUUCACUGCUGCACGACCGCAGCCGACCGCGUUCAGGACUUCAUGUGAAGUGAAGUGUUGUUGCUUCUGUUGUGCAGCAUCAGUGUCUGUCUGUAGAGGACUGUGUGGUGAGUACAGAUGCUUCUGUUGAGCUUGUUUCAAAUGU